GGGAGGGCUGGCCGCUGUGGGGAGGGAUAUUAGGAGCCGCUGGCAGCCCGGGCUUUCAAUGUAAGCAGGAGGAUGGAGAGAGGUCGCAGGCUGCUGCUCGAAAGUUCUGGAGAGCUGACUCAGAGUGCAGACGAGGAAUGCUUGAUUGAUGCUACUCUUUUACCUGCAGACAAACUUCAGCCUGACAUCAGGCCCAUGUUUAACCCUAUCCCUACAGUCCCUAUUUCUAUUCUGCUAGCUGUGAUACAAUUGGUAUUAGUAACACUGACGGUGGUCUCUGCUUAUUUUUGUGUGUAUGCUGAGGCUGAGGUUAAGGAAAAAAAAUGCAAACCCUACAUUGAACCAUUUCAACUAAAUACUAUUGUGGUCAUCGCAAAAGUAUUUCUAUGGAUAAUUCAUGUUCUCAAUGAACGCUUUGUUCAGUAUCAUCACACCAAAAUUCGAAACCAUGGUUAUCUUAACCUAUAUCGAUCUACUAAACAUCUUAAACGGCUUCCGUUUAUUGUCCUUUCAACAGGAAAUACUGCCAUUCUUGUGAUCGUCUCUGUUCAGGAUUCCUUUGAAAACCGUGGUCACCUGUAUAUCAGUUUAAUUCUGAGUGUCUUGAUCCUGGAGCUGAUCUUGUCCCUGACAUACCUUCUAAUAUAUGCAGGGAAAAUAUAUAGAUUUAACAGCAGUAAGCCUAGACCAGAUAUUAUUGAAGAGGAGAAUCUUAACACAUAUCAGAGAAAUUCAAGUCCUGGAAUUGGAUUCAGGGACAGAGCAAGCUUGGAAGAAGUGAGUGAAAAACAGGCCGAUACCAUAGAAUACUUACAACGCCACAAUGCAUUCCUCAGUAAGCAAAUACUUGCUUUGACUUCACAACCAAACUAUGACAGCUAAAGCAGGACAUUUACGUGGGACUGAAGAGGAUCUGGCCAGCAGGGAUCUCCUACAAUCAGGGCCAUUUUUUGUUUUUUCGUAAAAAGUAAAACCCCUGUUAAAGGACGAUGCUUGUCUUUGAUUGCCCUGACUAUUCUUAAGGAUAUGUAUUAAACAUUUUGUAGAAUUUUGUGAAGAAUGAAAUUUAUUUAUCUGUUCUGUCUGUUUGGGGUCUUUAAAUCUGUAUUAAAACAUUUUAUAGCACAUAGAAUUGCUUCAUCCAGCAUUACUUACUGAAUAACAAGUGUUCAUUCACGUCCAAAGGCUAUGUUUUGGGGACACAAAUAGCUGGGUUGCUUUGUGGAAGUUGCAAAUUGAAAACCUUUUAUGUAACUUUAGAACAAAUUAAUUUAUUCCUCUCCAUUUCUCCUCAAAAUAAUGCAAAAGAGAACUAGUGACUUUUUA